UAUUCUUCGAACACCAAAGGAGCAUGCGUCCCCGCCACCCCCCCUUGCCCGAUUUUGAUUGCUGGACACAGGGUUUCCAUUCCUCUCGCAGAGCACAAAAUACAGCAAUUUCGCCAGGCAAACUGACCAAUUUGGCUUUUCGGUAGCUUCUGCUUCAAAAAGGCUCGGACUGCGCUCAGAACCAAUCCGCAAAAAACUUAUAUCGAGGCUCUCUCGCUUGGGUUGGCACUUCCCGUAAACUGAAGAAAUACUCGCCUUCAAAACACGCCCCAUAUAUAGGCCUUUCACACAUACACACACACACACACCCCUUCCGCUCUCCCCGUGGACCACAUCUCCAUCAAACUCUCCGAUAUCCCCACAUCUUUGACGAGAUACACGGAGAUAUGCAGCGACAAAGGCCUGAGGACCUUUCCUUCCCUGGUCCCGAGUCAAACGAUGUCUCAGACGGCAGCGCAUCCAGACGAGAGGCCUCCAGCGUACGUGGACGCGACGAUUCAAGGACCAGCUCUGGAAGGAGAGAGGUGGUUGCGAUGGCCUGCCAGCCAUGUCGCAAACGCAAGACAAAGUGCGACGGCCAGCGACCCACGUGCUCGGCAUGUGUGCAGAGGGGCCACACGAACUGCUUCUACGACUCGAGCAGCGACAUGCGAAGGACUUCGGCCUUGAAGAAGAGGAUAGACCAGCUGCUCGACGACAUCACCAGCCUGCGGAACAUCAUCCUCUCCAUCUGUAGAAACUACAACAUCCCGCAGGACCCGGUCAUCAUGCAGCUCAUUGAACAGACGCUGUGCCACGGCAAGUGGUCCUACCUUCCCGAACUGUCUCGCGUGAUCGAGCAGCACGCUCAGUCGGCGAGGCCGUCGGUUCAGACGCCUCAGUCCAUGGACGCAAACGGCCCGCUUCCGCUGCCCCUGAACAACUACCAGCCGCUGCAGCGGUCGCUGUCUUAUCCGAACACUUCGUAUCCUCCUCCCGUUGACCAGAGCACCACGCAGUCUUUCUCGGCCGCCGUGCCCCCGCCCGCUUGGUCCCCCAUAGACAUACGCGCCACGCCGACAGUGUACGCGGACGUCGGCCAAUCGGGCUCCUAUUUUACGACGAACUGUUCAUAUCGUCCGGCGCAAGCGUACCCCGUGUCAAGUAACACGUACUAGGGAGAGGGGGCUUUUAAUAUCACGUCUCUAUCUUUUUUUUUUCUUUUUUUUUUUCUUUUUUUUUGCGCCCCUUUUUUCUUUGUAGAGAUUCAAGGUUUCCGCAGGCUCGAUACCAAAUAGUAAAAAAUGACCUCAAAAAGGCCGUUAUUCGUUUCACGAAGCAACAGAGCCGGUACACAAAACAUUCCUAC